GAGGCACAAGCUUCCUUAGAACUUGUUUCAAUGGGCUCAAUGCCUUAUCAGGCGUAGGAAUACUGUCAAUUCCAUAUGCACUUGCUCAAGGAGGAUGGUUACGCUUAUUGCUUCUUAUCCUGGUAGCUGUUCUCUGUUGGUACACAGGACUACUUCUUCGACGCUGCAUGGAUUUGAAUCCCCUCGUCAAAACCUAUCCGGAUAUAGGUGAGCAUGCUUUUGGAUACAAAGGGAGAGCAAUUGUAUCGCUGUUCAUAUAUCUUGAGCUGUACCUGGUUGCAGUUGAGUUUCUGAUGUUAGAAGGUGACAACCUAAACAAGCUGUUUCCAAACAUGGGGUUCAAAGUUGCCGGGGUGAAAAUUGGAGGAAGGCAAGCCUUUGUUCUACUGACUUCCCACGUGGUUCUGCCAACUACAUGGUUGAAGAGUUUGGGUAUGCUUGCCUAUGUUUUUGCAGGUGGGGUUUUAGCUUCUUUUAUCCUUGUUGUUUGCAUCUUUUGGGUUGGAGCGGUGAACGAAGUGGGGUUCCAUGAAAGCAAUGUGCUUUUGAAUUGGAGAGAAAUGCCCACUGCUAUAUGCAUGUUUACCUUCUGUUAUCAUGGGCAGUCAGUUUUCCACACAUUAUGCAAUUCAAUGAAAGACAGAAGCCGGUUAUUUAAGGCAAGAAACAAUAUUCUAGACUUCUACUUGGAGACUAUUUCCUGCAAAAUCUGUCUUGGAUUCUAUCAGUUUUACUUGUCUGCUUCAUCACAAGCACCAUCAGCUAUGGAUCAAUGGCUGUUCCAGGCUACUUGA